AUGGAUUCCACAGCGACGGCCUUGAGGGAGCUCGAGAGGAUCUUGCAGCGGAGCCACGAAACCCUGGAGUCAGAGCUGCGGACCUGGAUUUCCCAGCAGUUGGCCCCACCCGUUGCUGCCCCUUCCUGGCCCGGAGCGGGGGAAGGCUGCUUUGAGCCUGAAGCAACCGAUGUCAUUUUUCCAGCCCUGGAAACCCGCUUGGCGAAGACGUCGGGCCAGGGUCCCGCGCUGCGCGGCGACGCCGACGAGGAUGCCCUUGCACCGGACUCCAGCGUGCAGGUCAGUUCUCUGGCAUUACCCACCUUCGCAGGCGCCCGCCCGCGACGCCACUCCCGAAUGUCGAAGGGCUCCGUUUGCUCUGCAGAUGUGGGCGAAUCCUCUGCAGAUGUGGUGACCGUGCUGUCGCAAGUCUCGUCGGGUCGACGGUCACGCUGGGCGGAACCAGAACAGGAGGCAAUGGCACGGAUGCGUUCCAAGAAAGACGGGAAGAAGGCUGCGAAGCCGAAGCCCACCAAGAAUUUGUGCAGGCGGAUGAUCGAGCAUCCCUGGUUUGACAGAAUCUUCGCGUUCAUGAUCAUUGCCAGCUCUGUCGCUGUGGGUGCCGAAGUGGAGUACACAGCACUUGCCAUGUCGAACGAGCUGCCACCCAUCUUUGCUGGCCUCCAGAUCCUGUUCUUUCUCGCGUUCCUCGCGGAGCUUUCGAUCCGUUUGGCGGCCUUCAGGAAAAACUUCUUCUUUGCCUUCGAUGCUGGUUGGAAUAUCUUCGAUUUGGUCGUGGUGAUAUUUGCAGGGAUCGAGGCACAGAUUGAGGUGCUGGAAGCAGAGCAGGAAGCAGAGCUCCUGCGCGAGGCCGUGGCAGCGGCACUGGAGGCAGUGGACGACGACGUUGCACCUCCCCAAAAACGCCGCCGCGUGCUCCAAGAGGAGCAGGCGGAAGAGGAGCCAAAAACACAAGACGUCGCACUCCCCGCGGCGGAGCUGCCGCAGAUGCAGCUCCCGGCAAACAGCGUUCCGCCACCGGAGGUGCAUUGGGGCGUCCUCGCAAUCCUCGCCGCUUUGCGGCGCGAGGAUUGA